UUAGCGAAUGGUUUGUUUCUUCGUUUUAAAGUCCCUCCUCCACAUUGACCGGCGGCAUUAUCCGGCGCUCCGUCAUGUCGGGGACGCAGCUGCUCAGGCUGCGGGUUAACGAGCGGUUGUCGGCGGCUGCAGAGGAGAUCUUCGGGCUGGUGGAGAAGACAAUAGCGGAGUAUCGGGACGAAGCAGUCCGCUCCAGGAGAGAGGUCAUCCAGCUGAGGCAGCAGAUCGAGCAGCUGACCGCCUUAAAACCUCAAGUUUUGUUGUUCAGGGCAGACGCACAGUCUGUCUCUGGGGACAUUUUUCCUUCACAGCAGCCAGAACAGCUUCCCAAUGAGCAGGAAAAGCACGAGUCUCCUCAGGUCAAACAGGAGCAGGUGGAUCUGUGCAUCAGUGCGUACAUGGAGGCUGAUAUUUUCCACGAUGCUGAAGUCAAACACUCUGCAUCAGAACCAACCACUAACUGCGAACCGCUCCCACCUGUCCCUGUGAGUGUGACGGAAAGCGUAGACGACGGACGAAAUGAAAAAGAUGCUUCACAUCUGUCACAUCCGAAUCAGCACAUGGAUCAAUGUGUCACCUCAGAGAUGAAGGAGGAAUCUUCUGAGGACGUACGAGGUAAACUUACCGAGUUGGACACGACCGCUCAGUCUGACUGCCGGCUGUUCCCAGCCGUCAGCACUAUAACGGUGACAAUUAAUGACGAUGAAUGGAACAAGAGUCAAAGUGCUUUAACAGAGCAGCAACAAGCGCAGAAGGACGAUAAGACUUGUCAUUUCUGCGGGAAGCGUUUUAACAGGGACUCUGACCUGAUCAAACAUGUCGAAAUGGUUCACAUGAAGACAAAGGCUUUCAAAUGCUCCGAGUGCGACAAGGAGUUUGCUUGUCGGAGCCACCUGGAGGCGCAUCUGAGAAUUCACACAGGUGAAAAGCCGCACAAGUGUCCCUUCUGUUCGAAAUCAUUCACACAGAGGUCAAAUCUCAACGUUCAUUUACGGGUGCACACGCGCGAAAAGCCAUAUUUUUGCAAAUCUUGCAACAGAAGGGUUGCGUAUAGCUCUCACCUCAAAACAUGUAGCAUAAAGGAGCUCAGGGGGGGGAAAUCAUUUUGCUGUUUGGUUUGUGGUGUAGAAUUUCCCACCGCUUCAAAAAUGUGGCUCCAUAAAAAGAUCCACAAAGCCGGGAAAAUUUAAGACUGUUUUGUAGGAUUUUGCGGGAUCAUCAGACUAAAUUUGAAUUGACUUUUGUUCCCAGGACAUGUGAUGGUCCUUAAAAAGUCUUAAAUUCAAUUUU